AUGGCUACAACUUCCUCAUUCUAUGAAGUACUAGGGCUUCCAAUGAAUACUACUAGCCAUGAAAUAAAGGCUGCUUAUAGAAAACUAGCAAGAACUUGCCACCCUGAUGCUGUGUCUAUGCAUAAAAAAGAAAUGUCAGCCUGUGAGUUCAUCAAAAUCCAUGCAGCAUAUUCAACAUUAUCGGACCCUGAUAAACGUGAAAGAUAUGAUAGAGAUCUGUAUAGAAACCGUAGGCCUUUUGGGUCUUCUUCAGUGAGGUCAGCAACAAUGGCAGCUGCGUCCGGUUAUACCAGUAGGAACUGGGAGACUGACCAGUGUGGCCACUUCUGGGCACCAGAUUAUGAGUCAUUGCAACGUGUGAGCUUUGUGUGA